ACAAGAAAUGCGCCCCGUGCAUCUAAAUAUAAGCUCCAAUUAAUGGGAGCGAAAAGGCAACAAGAUUAAGCUGAGAAAUUAAGUACGAGCCAUGGGACUUGGUUUCUUCAAGGCGCUUUGCUGCAGCAACUCGCGCCACGAAAUUCCCAUCCACUCAUCCGACUCCCCUCCGCCAGGGGAAUCCAGGCGGAGGAAGCCAACGACAACUUACGCGGUGGGGCCGGUGCUGGGGAAACCGUACGUGGACAUAGGGAAGAUGUACGAGCUGGAGAAGGAACUGGGGAGGGGGCUCGGGGUGACGUAUCUGUGCACAGAGAAGGCGACGGGGAGAAAGUACGCGUGCAAAAGCAUAGCGAGGGGGAAGCUGACGAGGAAGGAGGAAAUAGAUGACGUGCGGAGAGAGAUACAGAUACUGCAGCAUCUGUCGGGGCAGCCCAACAUAGUGGAAUUCAGGGGCGCCUACGAGGACUGGCAGAACGUGUACUUGGUCAUGGAACUCUGCACCGGCGGCGAGCUGUUUGACCGCAUCAUCGCCAAAGGCAAUUAUUCCGAGAAGGAGGCUGCGGCGCUGUGCCGCCAGAUCGUCACGGUGGUUCACGUCUGCCAUUUCAUGGGAGUCAUGCACAGGGACCUGAAGCCCGAGAAUUUCUUGUUGGCCGGCCCCCACGAUGAUGCCCCCAUCAAGGCCACCGAUUUUGGACUCUCCGUCUUCAUCGAGCCCGAUAAACAGUAUAAGGAAGUUGUAGGAAGUGCGUACUAUGUAGCCCCAGAGGUUCUAAAACGGAGUUAUGGGAAGGAGAUAGAUGUGUGGAGUGCAGGAGUCAUUUUAUACAUCCUCCUUAGUGGGUCGCCUCCAUUUUGGGCUGAGAACGAGAAAGGCAUAUUUGAUGCUAUUCUGGAAGGCAAACUGGAUUUUGAAACCGGACCAUGGCCUUCUAUUUCAGCUUCUGCCAAGGAUCUGAUCAGUAAGAUGUUGGAAUACGAUCCAAAGAAACGCAUCACAGCUGCUGAUGCCCUUGAACAUCCAUGGAUGAAGGUGGGCGGUCAAGCAUCUGACAAGCCUAUAGACAGUGCCGUUUUGAUUAGGAUGAAGCAGUUCAGAGCAAUGAACAAAAUGAAGAAACUUGCCCUGAAGGUAAUAGCAGAAAACCUCUCUGAGGAAGAAAUCAAGGGCUUGAAACAAAUGUUCAACAACAUGGAUACAGAUAACAGUGGUACAAUCACACUGGAAGAACUCAGAGUUGGACUGUCCAAAUUGGGAUCCAAACUUAAUGAAUCUGAAAUACGGCAGCUGAUGGAUGCUGCCGAUGUUGACAAGAAUGGAACUAUUGAUUAUUAUGAAUUCAUAAGUGCUACCAUGCAUCGGCACAGACUUGAGAAGGAAGAGAACUUGUUCAAUGCCUUCCGAUACUUCGACAAGGAUAGCAGUGGAUUUAUUACAAGAGAGGAGCUCAGGCAGGCUUUGACUGAACAUGGAAUGGGGGAUGAAGCUGCAAUAGAUGAAGUGAUUGACGACGUGGACACUGAUAAAGAUGGCAGAAUCAAUUACGAAGAGUUUGCGGCCAUGAUGAAGAGCGCGGGAUAAGACGAGUGAGCUGGAGAGAAUGAAUGAGUCAAUAAGCCAAAGGCAUGACGGAUUUCGAUUGCUAUUACUCAUCAUCCCAUGUGCUCCCUCACAGUUCAUUGUACGUUGCCAUUUCCACUCUCAAUCGCUUCUAUCACUAUUCUCUCAUGCUCUGAAUAAACUUCCUAUGCCGUGUUUCCCAGAUGUUCAGUAAUUUGUUAUGCUGCGAAUCUGUCUUUUUAUCUUUCUAUUAAACCCACCCCAUGCAUUACAUAUGGGACACAAACUUAAAAUUAAUUAUGAGUAAAUACACUUAAUUUCCCUAUA